AUGAGGCUUCUUCAUACUACGACGCUCGAUCUCAAUGAGUUCAUUGGCGACGUCCCUCCAUACGCCAUCCUCUCUCACACCUGGGAAAAUGACGAAGUGAGCCUCCAGGACUUGUCAACCACUGCUGGGCGGUCCAAAAAAGGGUUCAAGAAGAUCGAAGCAUGCUGUGCACAGGCACGUCGCGACGGUUAUGACUGGGCUUGGCUAGACACGUGCUGCAUCGACAAGACAUCGAGCGCCGAGCUCUCCGAGGCCAUCAACUCCAUGUUUCGAUGGUAUCGGCAGGCCAGAAUUUGCUACGUCUACCUGAGCGAUUUACCAUCUCAAUAUCCGGGGGAUGUCGAUCGCCGACAAUUUCACAAUGUCAAAUGGUUUACCCGAGGAUGGACUCUUCAAGAGCUUAUAGCUCCCCGGGCCAUUGAAUUUUACGACCAGAACUGGGAAGAAGUCGGCACCAAGGUGUCUCUGCUCGACUUGCUACACGACAAGACGGGUAUUCGGCGCGACAUAUUAGACGGAACAACCACCCAUACCGUUAUUCCCACCGGAGAACGUAUGUCUUGGGCUUCAAAUAGGAAAACCACCAGGCAGGAGGACCUUGCUUACUGUCUCCUGGGCAUCUUCGGCAUACAUAUGCCUCUGCUCUACGGAGAGGGCUCGCAGGCGUUCAUCCGCCUUCAACAGGAAAUUCUCCGCACAUCAGAGGACCUAAGCAUUCUGCUGUGGACAGGCCUUUCGCGACAGACGACCACAUGCGGCGUUUUGGCGACGGCACCCAGUGCUUUCAAGGAUAUCAAGAUGGUCGAUCUCCAGGGCCACAGAGUUGGCUUCCUAGUGACUUGGAGGUGGAAAUAUGUGAUCACGUUACAGCCCUGGUCGGCGGACACCAGUUGGGGCCCCGAUAUGCUCCUAAAUACGCCCCCCACCAUCACUAGCCGCGGUUUACAUGUCCAACUGCCGACAACCCUGGUCAACGGAGGACGUAGGUGCUUAUUGUGGCCAAAGUGCAUGAUUGUAGAAAGGCUCGAUGGUGCCCGAGGAUCGCUGAAUGGAUUUCUCUGCAUUGAGCUGCAGAAUCUCCACCCCAACACUAAUUUGUCCGUGUCCAGGCUGAGCUCGCCCUACAUCUACUACAUCCCACGGGCCGAAAUUCGCUUUGACGACCCGCUUCCGAUGUACCUGAAGAUAUCGCACCAACAAGUCGAGGAGGAUUUCAGGGGACUGGACAUGUUCACCGUCUCACUGGAAGACAACGAGCCGCUACGGAUCGGUAUUUGCAGGUCAACGAUCCCGCCCGGCACGUUCCCAGGACUGGAACCAGAGGAUGACGGCAUCGACUUUUUCAGAAUCCCCGAGUCGCAUGCGCACCAAGUCGUUCUUCAAUGUUCGGUGACGCAUUGUGAGUCCCCUCAUCUUUACAGCAGCAAGGUCACCGUUGCCGUCAAGGAAGUUGCGGGGGAAGACCGCCUGGGCUGCUUCAUCAACACAAACGACGACGCUCAAGCCUCGAUUUGGGAGAUGAUUAGCUCGCAUUCUACAGGACUCGACGACGCUAUUUCUCAGAAUGGCCCUCAGACCGACGAUGAGGCUCGGAGAUGGUCGUCGGUUUCCCACUUGGUCGGCGCGGGUCCGUGGUCGGACCGGUGCGCAAAGAAACUCCCAGGCGACCAGUAUGUACUGAUGGCUGCCAUUAAGAUGUCAAGAGGCAUCCCGGUGCUUGUCCUUAGGAUCAAAGCGCUUUCUGGCAGAUGA